AUGGAUGAUCUAAUGAAACUUAAAGCUGAAAGUACAACAAUGAUUAAAAUAGAAUUGCAAAAGUAUCUUGAUGAAGCAAAUGAAGGUGAAACCAAGAACUUCAACGUCUUGUCUUGGUGGAAAAUACAUUCACCCAGAUUUCCUAUUCUUGCUGAGAUGGCUCGGGAUGUGUUAUCUAUUCCCAUUUCAAGCGUGGCAUCCGAGUGUGCGUUUAGUACCGGUAGACGUAUCUUGGAUUCAUUUAGGAGUUCAUUAACUCUUAAAUUGGUGCAAACUCUAGUGUGCCUUCAAGAUUGUAUUCGGAGUGAAUCACAACCUGUUAGUAUUGAGAAAGAUAUAGAUGUCCUCGAAAAGAUUGAACAAGAAUUGGCUAAUACUAGCAUUCUUGAUGAUUGA